AUGUUAAAGCACAUUCAUAAUGUUGAUAAGAGCUCGAACAGAAACUGUCCAAUCAUGUUAAAGCACAUUCAUAAUGUUGAUAAGAGCUCGAACAGAAACUGUCCAAUCAUGUUAAAGCACAUUCAUAAUGUUGAUAAGAGCUCGAACAGAAACUGUCCAAUCAUGUUAAAGCACAUUCAUAAUGUUGAUAAGAGCUCGAACAGAAACUGUCCAAUCAUGUUAAAGCACAUUCAUAAUGUUGAUAAGAGCUCGAACAGAAACUGUCCAAUCAUGUUAAAGCACAUUCAUAAUGUUGAUAAGAGCUCGAACAGAAACUGUCCAAUCAUGUUAAAGCACAUUCAUAAUGUUGAUAAGAGCUCGAACAGAAACUGUCCAAUCAUUUUAAAGCACAUUCAUAAUGUUGAUAAGAGCUCGAACAGAAACUGUCCAAUCAUGUUAAAGAGAAGUGCGGACGACCAACUGACGUGUUCUUCGUGUGACUCAUCAGUCAUCAGUCACAACGAGAAACUAUGUCCUUGUUUCAUCAGCAAACAUGUGUACAGAAUUUCUCCCAAUUGA